AUGGCGCGCUGCGAGCGGCUGUGCGGCCCGGCCCUGCGCGACGUGCUGGGCCGGGCGCAGGGGGUCCUGUUCGACUGCGACGGGGUGCUCUGGAACGGCGAGCGCGUUGUGCCGGGCGCCCCGGAGCUGGUGGAGCGGCUGGCGCGGGCCGGCAAGGCGGCGCUGUUCGUGAGCAACAACAGCCGGCGCGCGCGGCCGGAGCUGGCCCUCCGCUUCGCGCGCCUCGGCUUUGGGGGGCUGCACGCCGAGCAGCUCUUCAGCUCCGCGCUGUGCGCUGCGCGCUUGCUGUGCCAGCGCCUGGACGCGCCUGGCUCGGUGUUCGUGCUGGGUGGCGAGGGGCUGCGCUCCGAGCUGCGCGCUGCGGGGCUGCGCUUGGCCGGGGACCCCGGCGAAGACCCGGGCGCGGCCCCGCGCGUACGUGCCGUGCUCGUGGGCUACGACGAGCACUUUUCCUUCGCCAAGCUGCGCGAGGCGUGCGCGCACCUGCGCGACCCCGACUGUCUGCUCGUGGCCACCGAUCGCGACCCGUGGCACCCGCUCAGCGACGGCAGCCGGACUCCUGGCACUGGGAGCCUGGCUGCUGCAGUGGAGACCGCCUCGGGACGCCAGGCCCUGGUGGUGGGCAAGCCCAGCCCUUACAUGUUCGAGUGCAUCACGGAGCACUUCAGCCUGGACCCUGCCCGCAUGCUCAUGGUGGGCGACCGCCUGGAGACCGACAUCCUCUUCGGCCACCGCUGUGGCAUGACCACCGUGCUCACGCUCACGGGCGUCUCUCGCCUGGAGGAGGCCCAGGCCUACCUGGCGGCCAGACAGCAUGACCUGGUGCCCCAUUACUAUGUGGAGAGCAUCGCAGACUUAAUGGAUGGGCUGGAGGACUGAGCCCACCUGACCUGUAACCGCAGCCCCACCCCUGCCCCACCCUGACCCCAUAGAUGGAGGUGACGGGCCAGGAGCUGCAUUAAUUGCCACUGGCUCUCCGGCCCCAGUUUCCACACCCUGGUAAGGGCUGGGACCCAGGGAAGGUUUUAGGACCCUUGUACCCCCAGGGGUGGCUGAGCACACUUGGCUGCUGCCCUUGCCGCACUGGUUUGCCCUGGCAUGACCCAGCCAAGGUGGCCUUAUUUCCUGUGACUUCCCCUUGUUGAAAUCUGGGCCCUGAUGGACACUGAAGAUUUCCCCCAACCCUGAGCUCUUAACUUCCUCACCUCUCCCUGGGGCCUCCAGAGCUCUACCUGCUCCCCAUGUCCUGGCUUUGGGUUCCUGUUGGCCAAUCAGAGGUCUAGGUAACCAUAAAUCGUAGUGUCCCGAGCCCUGAAUGGUCCAAUCAGAAGGCUAAGUCAUAGUGAUUCAUUGAUGUUGCGUCCUGAGUUGGCCAGUUGGGAGCCUAGGUAACAGUGACCCUGUGAUGUCCUGGAGCCUGACUGGACCGAUCCUAAGGCUAAAUGAUAACGGGCCUCUCAUAUCCUGGACCAGUGAUGGCGAACCUAUGACACGCGUGUCAGAGGUGACACGCAAACUCAUUUUUUUGGUUGAUUUUUCUUUGUUAAA